AUGACGAGCAUUCCAACCCUUUCUCUCGAAAAAUCGCUCUUAGAAGGCAAAUGUGACCCAAAACUACGAGAUCUGACCAGCCCCCUCGUCAAUCUCACGAAAUCGGUGGUGGACGGCCAAUUCCGAAGUGCACUUACAUCUCCUUCAGCUCGUACAUUAUUUCGGCCACGGUCUAAGGCCCUUGAUCGACCUUUGUCCGAACUUUUUCAAUUCGCAAUUCAGGACACUGAAAACCCGGUAGAGGGGGAAAUCUUGAGGUUGACGCUGGCCGUCGCCUGUUUGUACGCUUUCGUGCAGGCUAACUGGACUGGACCUGAUCUUGAUGUGCAGCCCUUGGAUGUUGUGCAAUUUGACUCUGAUGCGAUCACGAACGCCUCCAUAGAGCAGGUGGCCAUCGCAGAGUUGGCGUACGGCGGUGAACCGGCAUAUCAUCUUGCCAAAGUCCCUGCCUUCCUCCGAAUUUCCCAGCUGCUCCUGGCCCUCCCUUACUCACAUGUUCAGUCAGCGCCAUGGUGGCGGUUACGCGCUACUCUCGUCCAUCAACAAGUUUUGGAUGAGCCAGUUGCCGUUCCCCUUGAGCUCCAGUCUUCUCUAGAACCCUUAGGCCUCGCCUUGGCCGCUGAUCCCCUCCUUUCUGGACGGCUGUAUCUGGAGCAGGGAUUGUUGGAUCACCUCCUUUCUCAAGAUAAAUCAGCCGCGGAAUAUUUUGUCAAGGCGGCUAGAGCCACAGGCCUGGAGUACGAGUUGACUGGUGCCCUUGGGAAGAGAACUAAAUUCCAAGAGACCGAGCUCAGUCAACUAGUCCUUCUAGCCGAGAGCCAUCUACGUGACGACGAUUUGGACGUUAGUCCCCCACUCCAGAAAGAGCAUGGAGCAAUUCCGCAGCGUGACGCGUCUCAAAAAUCAAACGUCCCAGAAACAAUGGCUCUAAAUGACGAUACGCUAUUGGAACAGACAGAAUUUACUUCUUCUCGACCAGCAGCAACCAAUUCUCGCCUUGACCACAUAGAUCCAUCGUCCCAGCCACCGCUCCAUCCCCUUGACCAAUGCAUUCUCCUCUCACUCUGUCUCAAUGUCAAAAAUACAUCACCAUCACAUGGCCUCACCUCCGAACAGAUGUCGCCGUAUGUUGCUCGCGUGAUUUCACAUCCCCGAAACUGGUCGUCGCACACAAUGGCCCUACUGUUGCGCUCCCGUCUGGAAUCCUCACGCACGCGCACUGUGGAAAGAUCAACUUUCCAGCUUCAAGCGUUGAUAGACCAAAUACCUACCACCGAUUCGACGCUUUCCGAAAGACUGCGUUAUUUCCACUCUAUCCCUCUUCCGAGUAAAUGGGAAAUGGAAAGGGAACUCGCGCUGCGAUUCCUGAGUCUCGGGGUGGUCAAAUCAGCGUUGGAGAUAUUUGAAAGGCUCGAGAUGUGGGAGGAGGUCGUCAAGUGCUGGGGCGCCCUGGAGAGGCCCGAGAAGGGAAUUGCCAUUCUUCGUGAUUUACUGGAAGGCCGAAAGGCAGAAGCAGAAGUAGUGCUUGCUCGAGGUAAAUCGACAUCCGCUCAUCGAAAGGAGGUCCAGGAUUCUACCCGCGAAAGUAAAUUGUGGUGCCUGCUCGGCGAUCUGGAGCCUGAUAAAGCUGCCGAGCAUUACGAACGGGCUUGGGAGAUAUCGAGAGAGACCUCGGGACGGGCGAUGCGUUCCCUCGGAGGGUAUUACUUUGCCCGCGCGAAGUACCCCCGAGCUAUUACCUGCCUGAAACGCGCGGUAGCAAUCAACCCGCUGUUGACGCGAUCAUGGUUUAUCCUUGGCUGUGCGUCCAUGCGCGAGGAGGACUGGGAAGGUGCCAGGAACGCGUUCAGUCGUUGUGUAGCGCUUGAUGAGGAGGAUGGAGAAAGUUGGAACAACCUGGCAAGUAUGUAUCUCCGCUUGGGGUCAGCCAAGGAGGACGGGUCCAUCCCUUUCUCCAAUAAAAUGCUCGCAUUCCGCGCUCUAAAAGAAGGGUUGCGUUUCAGCUACGACAACUGGCGCAUGUGGUACAACUAUAUGAUUAUUGCGAUGGAUGUCGGAGAACUUCAAGAGGCGUGUCGAGCACUGGGACGCGUCGUCGAGGAGACUGGCGACAAAAUGGGUGCGAAUUCCGUCGACGAGGACGUCCUUGAGCGUCUGGUUGAAGCCGUAGUCAGGGCUCCUGCUAACCCUGCGGAGACCUUGGGAGAUAGCAAAGCUCAAAAUGAAGUAUCCAACCCAAAUGAAGGACAUGGUCUGUUCAGGAACGUCUCAAUCCUUUUUGAAGAAAAAAUCUUAUCACGCGUUUCGUCACCGCGAAUUUUCCGUGCCUACGGGCGGCUUUUGACUUGGGAGUCGAAGUGGGAAGAAGCGCUCAAGGCUUACCUCGAUGGAUACCGGAUUGGGACGGCGGGGACCAUGGAAAAGGGAGAAGCUGACGUCGAGAAAUGGCGUGAAGCCGUGAGCGAGGUGGAAGACAUCGUGGAUAUUUUGAGAAACUUCGGGCCGCAGACAGAGAACUACAAGUGGAGAUUGCAAAGGCGCAGCAUUGUGCGGGCCUUCAUGGCUCGUACCCGGGAUUUCGAAGACGAGCCUGAGUGGGGUCGCCUGGUGGAGCUCCAGAGUGAGUUCUGGAAAGAAGGCGAAGAGUAAAGGAAAUUUUCAAAACGGGGAGAAAGGUCUUCCCCGGUCAGACGUUGGCACGGUUUUGGCCCUGCUUUAUCACAGGCUAAACAUGGGGAUGGUGACGUGAAUGAAUGGGAAAUGGAGUAACAUAAUUUGGAACAGAGACCGAAAUAUAUUACAACGGGAAGCUCGGAGGUUGAUAGAUGGAUGGAUGGAUGGCUGAUAAUGGAGGCAUCGCGUGGUCGUGGUUGGAGGAGGAAAAAUACAAAAGUACAUUAUAAAACUUGCUGACGAU